UUAACCCAUUAGUUCAAAUAAAUUGGAAAAAAUAUGUAACUGCAGUCAAAUGUUAUUGAAGAUAUUUAAACAUUGCUUUGAAUAAAGGAGAAAGGUUAUUAACAAUCUUGCAAACAACUACAUUGGAGAGGAAUGCCAUAUCAUGGGAAUAUUUAAAACCAAUGCGAUGGUAAUCUCUAACGACAAGUCCUGUCUGUUCCCCCUGGUGUGCCGGGCUAACCAUGCUUGUGUUCCAAACUGUACAUAUAUCUGGGACGAUGAAACUGGUUUGCAGAACCUGUAUGCUUGUGACAAUAUCCUUCCUGGGGAGGAGUUGACCGUCAGCUAUCUUCCUGACAACAUGGUGGAGGGAAGAACUAGUCGAAGAGGCAUGCUAAGAGCAUUAUAUAGGUUUGACUGUAUCUGUGAACUGUGCAGUAAUGACUGUGGAAUAAUGUUUGAGCAGGAUGAGAGGGAUAGAGUAAAAGCAAAAAUGCUCAUAGAGGUGGUAAACAAGACUGCGGAGACAAUGGAUUGUUCUUUGGGGGGAGAUGUACACAAGCUUAUGUACAGCAAAACUUGUAAACAACUGUACAAGCAUCUCAGUAGCAUGAGAAUUCAUCCAACCUUAGAGUACCUGGUUUUAAACUGUUUGUUCUCCAUCUCUAUUCUACUCCUCGACCAAGAACAGGCAAUUCAGUACGCAGAGAGGGCCAGCUGUUUAUCUAAGAAGCUUACUGGGGGUACAAGCAGUAACACAAAGGACUGGGAGCUGACAUGUACAACAAUCAAAGAUCAGUUUGAAGAUCUUGAGAUCCUGCAGUCUGCUGUAAACUCAUGGUGCUUCAUCAUUUAGCCCUCAGCAGAAGAUAACUUAAAGAGAGAAAUUGACAAGGAAUAAAUUUGAGCGGAAACCUCAAUUAUUUGAAUAAGAACUAGGAUUAAUUACAAACUAAUAUUUUCUUAUUAUUACAUAUAUAUAUUCUUUGAUGAUU